AUGCGUUCUUCAACCCUCUACCUCGCCCUCAUUGCCUCUGUGGCCUCCGUCUCCGCAACCUACACCAACGGCGACGACUUCUUCAACGACCUCCCCACCUGCAUUCAGGACUGCAACUCGGUCAUCAUCGACAACGUGAAAGCAGAGUGCAAAGAUGCCAGCAACUCCCUCCAGUGCAUGUGCACAGCGAUCGAUGCCCCCAACGCGAUCAACGAGACCGUCAGCGACGCCGCAUCGGCAUGCUCGCUAAAAUGCUCAGAGGACGACCAGAACGCGCUCAUGAAGCUUGGCAUGGAGAUGGCGUCGAGCUGCGUCCCAUACAUCGAUGGUGACAACUCCACUAUGUCCUCCGCCUCCAUGUCCGGCAGCGCAACGGCCACCAACACCGCAGGCUCGUCCUCCACCGGCGGAAGCAUGAGCACAAUGACUGCCACCGCCUCGGGCUCUGGCUCUGCCUCGGACUCGACGCAGUCGCCGUCGAGCACGGCGUCGGGCAGCUCGCCGGCCCAGACGGGCGCGGCCGCACAAUUGGUGUUGGGUGGGGCUUUGUUGAUCCCGGCGUUGCUGGCGGGAUUGAUGAUCUAG